AUGCUCUGCCAAAUCAAUAAUCCUAGUAAUAAUAAGAGACAAGAUAUAGUAGACAUUUCAAAUCCAUUCAUUUCAAACUAACAAUUGAAGGACAAUCAAUUUUUGAACUCAUAGCAAACUCUAUUAAAAACGGAUCUAUUUUCCCAACUUCAGUAUCACGGGUAAAAUCUUUAAGGCUUGAGGAUUGGAUUUAAUCAUGAUUAGUCUAAUUUUUUGGAAGAAAUUGAAUCAGACAAUAAAUAAAAUAUGAAUGUCAUAUAUACCAAGAAUGAGAUUAAAAUAAUAAGAACAAAUUAGACUGGGGGAUAAUAGUAUAUUCAAUCCAAUAACAAAGGAUUUAAUGAAAUUAGUUAUAAGUCUGAGACUCAAUUUAAAAACUAAUUUGAAUAAUAUCAGAAGGAAUUAAACGAUAGAUAACAUCAAAAAUAGAAACUCAUACAGCAAGUAAAAUUAGAGGAUGAUGAAAUCAAUAAAAUCAAGAAGUAAAAAGAACUUGAACGUCAAGAUAUUAUUGCAAAGUUAAAAGCCAAAUUAGAUGAGGAAGCUUAGAAUAACUAAUUAUCAUCAAACCUACUAAUAGCUGAGUUUUAAGACAAUUAAUUGAUCAAUAAGAGCAACAAAAAGUAUUUGUCGCCUAAUCUAUAAGUAAGGGAGUAAAAUUAAAAGAUUAAAAAUUCAUAUGAAAAACUAAUUAAAUGGAUUUCAGACAAUGAAGAGAAAAAUUAGCAAGAAGCAAAAAGUCAUUAUGGAAAAGACAUUGGUGAUAUUCUAAAUUCUGCUCUUAGUAAGAUGACGAAUCCACAUGAUGAUUGGAGCUUAGAAUAGAAGAGCGUUCACAAUUAGGCUUAGGCUGAGAAGUUCAUGUAGAUUAUGAUAUAGCUUAACUAAUCAUCAAACAUAAAAAAGUAUGCGAGUUAAGUCCUUGCAUCUAUUUUGUUCACACAGAUAUUCAAGUCUAAGUAACAAAACGUAAAAGACAACAAAUCUGUGAUAAUUCAGUUCUAUGGAGAGAUCAUUCAUAAGAUUUCUUACUAAAUGCCCUAACUUUAAAUAAAGGAAAUCAUAAUAGGAAGAGUAAUGAAAGCUGCUUCAAUCUUAUUGCCUUCUUACCCAAAGUUACAGGAUUAUUAAUAAGAGAUAGAUUUGGUAUCAGCAUUAGGUUACUAAAAGGAUCUCAGUUAAAGAUACAGAGAGGAUCCUGAAAAUACUUAUUCGAGAAUUGAGCAAGCAUGCAAGACGAUAUUUACAAUCAUGAGCGAUGAUGCUUAUAUAGGAAAACUAUUCUAGUCACUGAAGAUUAAUCAGGAAUUGAUAAAUCAAAGAUCUAUAAUGCUCGACUAAUGA